AUCGAUACACGUAUCACGCUUGUGUGUUUUGGAGCGUUGACUGAUGGUGAGGAUUCGGUUUGGUUUUUUGAGGUAGCUUGUGCCCGUUGUUGUGCUCAACAGUGGCCUUGCCGACAGCAAAAACACUUGAAUUCCCCGUUAUCCUGGACGGCGCGUAAGGACAUUCCGAGAGCAACUUGUUAGAUCUCACAGCAUCACAUGGACCAUCAGGGAUCCUGCAGAAAGGAGGCUGAAAGCUCGCCCAAACGGCCGUCCAGGCUGGCCUUCAAACAUGACCGAAUCAAAGGCACGAAAAAGAGCCAAAGUUUGCCAGUCAUCAAAACACCACUCGAUGAUCUCCGGCUCGUGGCAGACAGAUUCGAUUGCGCGGGCAAGAUCUCCAAAGGCUCUGUCGGCAGCCUGGACACGCAUCCCAUACCGCGAGACAUUCUUAAUCAUGCCAUCUCUUCGUCUGAGGACGAGGACUUUCAUCCGGCAAAUAGCUCACCCGGCUGGGACGAUGACAACCUGGGCUCCUCUGAUCCCCUUCUGAAACAGACUUCGAAGGCCAAGUCUCGUCUCGCUCGGCUUUCGAGCCUCGUCAAGUGUCCGUCAUCGAGCAGCCUGAAUAGACCUCUUGGGUUUGCGACAGAGCAACUCCUUUGGCAGACGAGUUGCAUGAGCACUGGGAGCCUUAAGUCCUUGUCAUCGCACGACGGCGUUGGUGGCUUUGACGCGGGGAGACCCCACCAUCUGCCGCCGUUGGCGACGACGGGGUCACCAUCGGAGGCGGCGAGGCGUGCCACAGAAUCGAAGAGGUUGCAGCACUCGUGGACUGUCACGGGGGUGUCACAGUUUCAGGACAGCUUCGACCAGCCCGUUGACAAGCCAAGCAUUUUGCCCAAGAUAACCACCAAAGAUGCACGUCUGAGGAGUUAUCUUGUUGGGAAUGUGAGUGGAAAAGGCUCCCUUCUUGGAGAAGAGGAGCUGAGCCGCUACUUUCCCGACAGAAAGGUCCACGUCUUUGUUGCAACCUGGAACAUGAAUGGAUUGGCUCCACCACCAAACCUGGAUGACCUGAUGCUUCCCGAGACAAUUGAACAUGUCCCUGACAUCUACGCAAUUGGCGUGCAAGAGUCUAUGAGCGACAAAAAAGAGUGGGAGACUAAGCUUCAGUUCACUCUGGGACCCUCCCACGUUCUCUUCUACUCUGUCUCUCUCGGUGUCCUGCAUCUUUCCAUCUUUCUGCGACGAGACCUGCUGUGGUUUUGCUCAGCGCCCGAAGAGGCAACCCACGCAACUCGUCCCGUUUCUGCGGUUAAGACGAAGGGUGCUGUGGCCAUCGCUUUUCAGUUUUUUGGGUCUUCCAUGCUGUUCAUCAAUUCUCAUCUCACAGCACACGACAAGAAGUUCAAGGAAAGAAUUCAAGACUAUGAGAGAAUCUGCCAUCAGAUCGACCUUCCCAAACAGGCACAGCUUAAGCUUCAAUACCAAAGCAAAGAUGUGACUGCAAGGUUUGAUCUCGUAUUCUGGUGCGGGGACCUCAAUUUUCGGAUCAUGAACGAACGUGAGACCGUUGUUAACCUGCUGCGUGAUCCAGCUUUUGACAGAAAAGCCGUCUACGAGAGCCUGCUCAGGUUCGACCAGCUAAAGAGCGCCAUGAGCGAAGGCCAAGCAUUCUUUGGCUUUCAAGAGGCAGGAAUUGGGUUUGGUCCAACUUACAAAUUCCAGGUGGGCUUCAGUCUCUUUGAUGGUGUCAAGCUGAGGGUGCCGUCCUACACUGAUCGCGUACUGUUCCGUAGCAAGCGGAAGGGCCACAUUGAGUGCGUCUGUUACAAUGCCGUCACAGUCAUACAGACAUCUGACCAUCGACCCGUUUAUGGCCUAUACGAAGCACAGAUAAGAGCAGGAAGAGACAACACGCGACUAGCUGCAGGCUUGUUUAACAGGGAGAUUUAUCUGGAAGCUGUCAGAAGAAGAGCUGCGGCUCUUGAAAUACGACAGAGCCUGAAGGCCAGUCAAGUGUGUGUCGUAAUGUGAAGGGUGAUGUUUCCACAGGGAUGGGCACUAACUACUGUCAAUGUGCGUCGAAUUGUUAUUAAUAAUUCUAGCUAAGUUAAACGACUCCGUAAGCAGUUGGUUCCCAUCUUUUGAUUUUCAAUUGCACGGGAGAAACAUUUUCAUGUCCGUAAGGAGAUUCAGGACACACAAGAACUGUAUUUCAUGUAGCUUCAGUGUCAUCAUUAAUUUGAAUUUAUUUUUUACAUUACAUGUUUUACAAACCAUUAAAGUCGCAGCAUUUAAGACUUAAACAUUGUAAUUGUUUGAGUCUAAAAAGUUUCUCUAACCAGAAAAGGUGACCUGCAAGUUGCGAGCUCUUGGAGAUGCAAUGUGUACAGCUGACUGAGCUUAUGAACUCUGGGGUCAUGCAAAUUGAGGAUUUUGCAGUUGUUCUUUUAGUGCCGAAUUUAUUGUAUAUUUGGAGGAACGCACAUCAAGUACAUAAGACUGCAAUUUCAAGAGCACUAUUCAUUUACAUAAUUUCUCCUUGCUGAAAUGAGCUAUUGCAGCUGCUUCUCACCAUUGUUCCUUCUAGCUUGUACCUGUGAUGCUUUGCUUAGAUACAUUGCCACAUAAUGAAUUUAGGGAUUCAAGUAGUUACAAAUUAGUCAUUCCCUUCUGAUAAAGUUUGAUAAUUCCAUACAUCAAACCAGAUACAGUCGAAUCUCGUUAAUUCAAACUUGAGGGGGACCGAAAAUUUGUUUGAAUAAAGCAAAGUUUGAAUUACCGGGAGUUUCCUCCCAUAGAGACGCAUAGGAUGGGACCUGCGUGUUAGUUUGAAUUAUCCACAAGUUUGAAUUAAGAGAGUUUGAAUGAAUGAGUUGACUGUAUUUUGUGCAGAAUGUAGAUGAUGUAAAAACUCCAUUAACAAAUAAUGUUGCUGUGUUGUGUAGAAGUUUGCCUUACUUAUUGAUCCUCAGUGACCAUGUUUGAUAUGUAAAGUUAGUCAUAUCUUUUGUUACAGCAUUGUGUCAGCAUACAGUAUUACUAAUUUCAAAUGUUUUCUUAGGCAGAGCGAAUCUCUUAUAUAGUAGGACUGGCUGUUAUGUCACAUUUUUGUUAAUGACAAUUUUGGCAUUUGAUAUCAAAGUGAGCAAGUAAUUAUAGUAGAACACUGUUGCAGGCAAGACUAAUAGGAAUCAUUUGGACUUUGUAUACCUGCAAUUUAAAAGCAAUUUAUUGUGCUUUCUGAGGCAGAAUGUAUGUUAGGGCGAUGUAGCUUAACCAAUAUUUGGCAUGCAAUAGCCAUACUUGAUCUUCUCACUAUGGUUGAUCUAGAGAGGGUGCUUUUCCCUAGGUGUUUUCCUGCAGUAUGGGUUAGUGACAAGGUGGGGGACUGCCAGUCGCUUGUAUGCAGGGUUUCAUGAAUUAAGGGAAAAAAAAACAACAUGUUAAUCUAGUUUGAAACUGGUUCUCAGAUAAUAUACUUUUUGUCGUUUGUUAUCAGGUGUCAGUGCCACUUUAUACUCAGUCACCAUGAUUCAGGUAACAUACACUGAAUUGUUUGUUUACGUUGGAUGUUUAUUAUAAGUCGGUGUGCCAGCAUUAAUUUGUUUUUCUGUGAAAGGAAUCUCCGAUUCGCAUGUCAGUGAAAUUAUAAAAAUUAAUGUUGACAUUUAUUCUGGGAGUGGAAUCGGCUUGAGUGCCUUUGAACUAUAUAGAAUGUUCCAACGAAGGGUUUCGAAAAUAUUUAAAGAUAGGGUGGUUGAGAAAACAAAAAAAUCUUCCUGGGAACAACUGCUAGCCACGGCGGACGUCAGGAAUUGCAAAACACACACUAACGAGCUAUAUAAUAAACUAAAAUAUACUAAUUAACUUUUUAAUAACUACAAAUUAACGUACAAUUUUAAUGAGAAAUUUGCUAUGCAUCAUCGAAAACCAUUAAAUCGUCUUAUUUUAGAAAGAUGUGCACCGAGAAACUGAGGGGGUGGAGGAAAUAAGAGCGCGCGGGGACAUCAGAAUGCCGAGCUCCGAUUGGAGCGAUGAGUGGGUAGACCUAACACUUUCUGCCUUUGUCGCCACUGCACUCAUCGAACGCGUUUCAAUGCGAAAGCCAAACGCCAGAUGCCGGCGUUCCGCAUUCGACGAGUGCAGAGUUUUUCGGAACACUGUAAAAUGCUGCCCUCUCUAAACUGAGUUCAUUUAGUGGUUUUUGAAAAUAUUUAGGAAGGUUUGCAUUUGAACCAUGUUUAUUCUUACUAAUUAAAAUGCUCAUUAGUAAAUCUUAGUUAAAUAUUUAGCUAAUUAGAGUGGUUUUUGCAAUCCUUCAUGUCUGCCAUGUCUGGCAGUUUGUUCCCAGAAAGAGUUAAUCUCUUCUCAGCCACCCUAUUUUUACCGAUUUUUGAAAGCCUUCGCUGAAACACCCGGUAUACCUUGCAAGUGCCUGCAUUAAAAAUAGUUCCCAUGCAUUGCAUAUUGGGAAGAAAGUAGUCUUGGCAUCUUGCUCAUAGUUGCAAAGCAGCAUGGCUACGGUGUGCUAUGCAGGACCAAGAAACAAGUGCAUUAAAUUCUAACACCAUGCCUGCUCUGGUAAAGCUGAUGCUUGUUGGAAAACCAGACUAAUGCUUGGCAGCUGUCACUUAUCUAGUUUACAUAUUGUGAACUGCUCUGUGCCUUUAGCAAGCAAGCGAGUCAGCUAAAGUAGCAUAGCAGGGCAGUUUUUGGUAGUAGUACCUAGGGAAACCCAUAACCUUCCCUGUUUGCUUUGGGUACAGUCAUGCAAGUAGUAAGCAUUAAAUAUUCAUGUUAGUUUGAUCAGCUGCAUCUUUCGUAUGGUUCAUCUCCUGAUUGUGGUAUCGUAAUCAGUUGCUGCACGCAACAUAAAUGAAUAUGCUUUAAGAACAUGUUUUUCCUACAAGGGCAUGCUGCAGUAGAACUGUGUGGCUGUCCAAGUCACCAGUGACUUGGGCAACUACCGAGUCACUUGGAACAUGACUGUAGUAGGGCGAUAGUAAAAGGCAUCAGUUUUGAGAGCGACGCUUAGAGGGAAGGCAUCUGUUGUACUACUAGAAAAACAAGUUGAAUUAAUUUCCCUUUGCAUGCUGUUUUGAUCAUUCUCUCGAACCUUUGAUUUGAUCUUCCUAGAGUUGAGCGAGGGUUAUGCUCUACUGUUUGUAGAAAGAACCAGUGCUGGCUGUUGUGCAAGGGGUCUUUGUACCAGAUGCUUGUAUGCAUAAAACUUCGUCUCCAAGCUGUCAAUAAAACUUUUUUUCCAGUC